UUCUAAAACAACAUCUGUGCUAGACAAACCAGAGGAAAGACAUACGAAGGCAGCAAUCUCACCAGUAAAGCAAAGGAGGAAUCCAUUUAAUUCCACUGCAUCAGGUGAUAACUUGAACAGUGGGGAAUCAGAAAACAGACCAGCCACUCUACCUCAGCUGUCAAAGAAGGAAAUAUUGUCGCUCUCAGAAGAGAGCCACCCUAACCCAAACUUACAAACUGAUGAAACGGAGAAAUGUAAGAAGCCUUCUGUAGAAUCCACUGAUGAAUCACAGAAAGGACUAGUUAAGCGUCCUAUCCCAAAAGCUAGAAAAUUAAUUCACAAAGCAACAGAUCCUGUGUCACAAAGAGAAGACCUUGCUCCAAACCCAGCCCAAUGGACUGAAAGGAUUAAUGGCGUGGGUGCACCACCCAGGGGCAUUCUGAAGCGCAGUUCAAGCUCCAGUUCCACUGACUCAGAAGUUCGUGUUAACCAGAUGUUAGAUGUUCAGAAGAAGAAUGGCAUUCCUACUGCAACUAUUUUUGAAGGAGAAGCUGAGAAGAAUUCUCUUACAGAAGAAAUGGAAGACUCCACACAAAUUGCACUGGAAAAGCUAAAACAAGUGAGAUUCUCAUCUAGCACGAGUAAAGGAGAACCUGUGCAAAGCCCACAGCUACACCAUGGUGGAGAAACAGGAGAGUUUAAUUUGUUAGAAUCUGAUGAAACAAAGAGUAGUGGAACUGAUGCUAUUAGAUCAGAAUCAUUUGGGAAUAAGCAAAUUUCUGCUGCAAAGCUUUUGGGAAGCUAUUCAUCACCUUUACAAAUAAAAAGAGUAGAUGGCUUACAAGAAGAUACAUCAGCAUCCAGCCCUCGUGACACUGAUAGGUCAGUCUUUCUGGUUAAUGAAACCUUGCAGACAAAGACAGUUACUCCAAAGAAACUUGAAGCUCCACAGAAGACCUCCAGCAGUAUCCUGCUAAAUAGUAAUAACCAACUGGGUAUUAAUGAGACACAUGAAAAUAAAUCCAGCCAUGAAUCAAAGUCACACAAAAACUUUAAUGACAAGUAUCAGCGUUCUGCUAAGACAGAAGCACAUGAGGUGUCAAAUACCAAUUCUACAAGUCUUCAACAAGGUUCAGAAGAAGAAUUAAACCCUGUUUUGAUGGCUUUGAAAAGGAGUGCAGAUAGGAAAAUGCCUUCCAAAAGUCUAGAGGACAUUCCGUCAGCCACUUCAAAUAAAGGAAAAAAUAAUAAACCAAAGGAAGAAUUAGCUCUUAGUGCUGAAGAUGGUCCGAAACCUGGUCAGCAUCAAGAGAGGAAUGAAAAUGCAGCAGGAAUUUCCGCAGUGCCUUCGCAGCCUGAUAAGCUGUUCUCCAAUCCUGAAAAACUCAAAGGACUGAGCAAGUCGGUACCAUCAUUCCUACAGGAGGAGAGUGAUGACAGAGAGACAGAUACAGCAUCAGAAAGCAGUCAUUCCUUUGGCAGAAUCAAGAAGAGUCCCAGCUCUCUAACCAAUCUUAGUGGCUCUUCUGGCAUGGCCUCCUUGUCCUCUGUGAGCGGAAGUUUAAUGAGCAUCUACAGUGCAGACUUUGGCAAUGUCGAUGUGAAGGGGAACAUUCAGUUUGCUAUUGACUAUGUAGAAGAGCUGAAGGAGCUCCACAUUUUUAUUUGCCAGUGCAAAGACUUGGCAGUGGCAGAUGUAAAGCGACAGCGUUCAGACCCGUAUGUAAAGACCUACCUGCUUCCGGAGAAAUACAGGCUGGGCAAAAGGAAGACCUCUGUCAAAAAGAAAACUUUUAAUCCAGUCUAUAAUGAAAUACUACGGUAUAAAAUUGAGAAGAGUCUCCUAAAGAGCCAAAGCCUUAAUAUCUCUGUCUGGCAUAAUGACACCUUUGGAAGGAAUAGCUUCCUUGGUGAAGUGGAGCUGGAUUUGGGAACUUGGGACUGGAAUGAUAAAUCCAACAAGCAGAUCAACUGGUUUCCACUCAAGCCAAGGACUUCAGCAAUGGCUCUUAACCUAGAAAACAGAGGGGAGAUGAGACUAGCCCUCCAGUAUGUCCCCCACCCUGCUGGAGGAAAGAAGACUCUGUCUACUGGUGAGGUCCACAUCUGGGUGAAGGAAUGUCGUGACCUUCCUCUUCUGAGAGGCAACAGGCUCAACUCUUUUAUUAAGUGUACCAUUCUUCCAGAUACUAGCAGAAAAAGUCGCCAGAAAACAAGAACAGUGUCAAAAACUACAAACCCAGUAUUCAACCACACCAUGGUCUAUGAUGGCUUUAGACCAGAAGAUUUGAAAGAAGCCUGUGUAGAACUCACAGUUUGGGAUCACAACAAACUUGCCAACCACUUUCUGGGGGGUCUCAGGAUAGGCCUUGGAACAGGCAAAAGUUAUGGAACUACAGUAGACUGGAUGGAUUCUACUUCAGAUGAAACUGCCCUCUGGGAGAAGAUGAUGAACUCCCCGAACACAUGGGUAGAAGACACACUACCUCUCAGGAUGCUAAUGGUGGCAAAAUUGACAAAAUAAAGUGGUUUCAGACUGCUAGUGCCAAAAAGAAACCCUGGGAAUGAAAUUAAAGGUGUGGGGAUGAAACUCGGAAGAGGAAGAGAGACACUGUUCUGACAGUUGCUGUUCUGGUUUUGUGAUGUCAGAUGUCACUUAGUGCUUCAAAUUAAACUUCUGCCUGCAAAUUCUGAUGUAAAUUUA